AUGACUUGGAAAAAACCACAAGAUUACACAAACGAAGCUGUAACCUCGCCAUCAGUAGAGAAUAUUAUCUGUAUCGCAGUUUUCCAUCCCAUCGCAAAAUUUGGACAGAGGCAUCGCAUGAUGCGACAGAAAGAGAAUCCCCUUUGUUGCACCGGUAGUAGUGAUGAGAACGAUCGGGAAACCCACAAAAGGAAAAUACGAAACGCCAACGAAAAGAAGAGACGUGACCAAUUCAACGUGCUCAUUGAUGAGCUAUGUGUAAUGGUGUCUGCAGAUUCAAAGAAGAUGGACAAAUCUGCCGUACUUAAAGCAACCAUCGCAUUUCUCAAACAUCAUAACGAAGUAGUUGUACAUACACCUCAAGGAGACAUAGAUGAGAAAUGGAAACCACCAUUUCUUUCUGAUGACGAAUUUGGUGAACUUAUUCUAGAGUCAUCGGACGGCUUCAUUUUAUGUAUGUCCGAUCAAGGUCGCAUAGUAUAUGCGUCUGAUAGCAUUACGAAUUUACUUGGUCUACUUCCGACCGAUUACAGAAAUAGUACCAUCUACGAUCUCAUACAUGAGAAAGAUCGCCCAGAGAUUUACAAGAUUCUCGCCCAUGCAAAUCUGUUGUUUACUGAUAGUGGAAGAAGUGACGUGUACAAAAAGUUUGAGUGUACAUGCAAUAUGUUAAAAGGAUCCCAUAGUUCAAAUCAAAUCCCCGAGUAUGAACCGGUUAACAUGAACGGGAAUUUCAGUGUAAAGACGGAUAGCUUGUGCCGAGAUAGUGACAAAGGCAACAUUAUUGUUGCAUUAGUUCGAUUACAGAACAAUCAUCUCGGUGCACCGAUAUAUGACAGAGGGAGUGAAUUUGUCUCACGACAUAACUUGGAGUGGAAUUUCAUACUUCUAGAUCCCAGGGCCUUGCCAAUCAUAGGUUAUAUGCCUUUUGAGGUUUUAGGCACGUCUGGAUAUGAUUACUAUCAUCACGACGAUUUAGGAAAGAUUUCCAGCUGUCACGAGGCCUACGAACUUGACGAACAAUGCACAUCAAAUAUGGAUGAGGACACACAAUCAGGACUCUCACCCAUGUAUGUACAAGACGCAACUAUGUUAAAUGAGGUAAUGGUACACCCCAAUAUGCCUGAUGAACUUUCUAUGCUAACCAUGUUGAUGGAAGACCAGGGUGAUAAUGAUGCUGGAAAUGGAAUUCCGCCAGCAUCAAAUAUCGUCCGUGAUAAACUGCAGGAGCAGUUGCUAGAAAAACAUAAGGAGCUGGAGGCAUCAAUCGAAAGACAAGAAGACGAACUCCGAAAUGUGCAGACUCAGUUGUUAUUGGCAAGGAAAAUGGCGAAGCAACAGAAUUCCUUGAUAUUACAGUCAUAUCAAACACAAUGGGGGUUCCAACAGAAUCCUUCAUUGUUACCGGUACCACCAAGUUAUAUGCCCGCAGCGCAGAGUCAGACCAAUCUUAGUGUAGUGCAUAUGAAACCAUCCACUCAGUAUAUAGCUGCGGGUGGUAGACAUAUUGCAAAGAUCGAUGUUACAGAUGUUGAACAGCAUGGUGACUCAAUGUGCCGAGAACAGAUUAGUAAUAACCAAAUGUUGCGCAAGGUUAUGACAACUACUUUCGCGAAUGACAAUCAGCUGAUACAAGGACAACGAGAAACUUCAAGUCCCCAGAGCGAGGAACAGCAAAUGGAGAUACAGUCAGAGGCCUUAGCGAUACAGAAUGAACAGUGCCCGAUGCUGAAGCAUAGGGGGAACACGUUAAUGCAGAAUGGCCGACAACAAAUGGACCUCAAUGAGCAAGGCGAUAUUGCGCAGAAUCAAGGAGAAAUAACAAUGAAUGACGAUGACACGUACGGCGCCCCUUGUACAACAUCAGGCAGACCUCGUAAUGACAAUGGAAGGUUACAGUUUCAGUUGAACAGAAUCAACAUCGACAACUUACUUGAUUCUCAUGAGUGCCAAGGCACAUAUGUGUCUAAGAUCACAGAAAGCUGUACAGGCAAGUAG